UAACACCCUGACGCGUCAUUACAUGGUCAAAUGAAUCACCGACUCACCACCACAUGCGUCCGCGUUCAAGGGACAAAUAAUAUCUACACUGGUCCAGAUAGCGAUGUAACGUGGUCAGCAGUCAGUGAUGGAGAUGAGAGGUUCCCAGGGCCAAGGAACCGGUUCCACUAGCAAAUCAAGAAGUCGAAAUCGAAAAAGUUCAAACGAAGGAACCAGUUCCACUAGCAUAUCAAGAAGUCGAAAUCGAAAAAGUUCAAACGAAGGAACCGGUUCCACUAGCAAAUCAAGAAGUCGAAAUCGAAAAAGUUCAAACGAAGAAUUUUCGGAAGGUUAUGGAACCGGAGAUGAAGAAAGCACAGAGAUACCAACUACCUUGCCGUCAUCCAGAACAACUUCUGUUGGCAAGUCCUCCACCACGCCUUCCUCUACCAUUACCACCGUCAAUCCCGCCACCUCCCCAACCACCAUCACCACCAAUACCGCCAGAAAACGGACAAACAAUAGCAGAUCUGGUAGAACUACUACACAAAUGACCACAAGUGUAGCAUUAACAAGUUCACCCAUACAGCCAGUAGAGACAUCAGCACCGACGUUUGCACCAACCCCGGCUAAUUCCGUCUCCAACAAAGUUACGAUCACUGUCCUCGCAGCCGUGACGGGCAUCGUGUUUCUCAUUGUGAUCAUUUUAGCUCUUUGCCUGGCAUGGCGCAAGUGGUGUCAAACCCGACCCGCCACUGAUGUGACUAAACGGGAUAAGUCGACCUACCAUAUGUACUCUGAGAUAGACCACACCACGAUGAUUUUGGAUGAAGAACCCAGAGGUCCCUCCAAUCAACGAGGUACAGGUGGUAACGGCAGAGCUCUCCCGAGCGCACCUGCUUAUGACGAUGUACCCGACACUCUAGUCAAUGAAAAUGCCUACAACAUGCUUCACCAAAAAGAGUUUGUGGAAUCCAAAAACACCUAUUCUGUUUUAGAUCGAAGAUUUGUCGACCUGAACGAUCCACAGUUAAAUACAUAUGACGUAAUGUCCAACAUCAAAGAGAAGGCUGUUAAUGUGGAAAACACUUCCGGGUCAUUAGAACCAGGUCAGAAACAAUCUACAGCAACACCUGGGAGUAUUUUGGAUAACGUUAAUUGUAAUCCGAACAGUUCUGUUCCCUCUGGAACACCUCAUGAUGGUCAAUACUUUGUGCUGGAGAAACUUUCCAAUCGUUCCGAGUCCGUCAAUGAUAAAGAAGACGAAAUCGAUCAUACUGACGCCUCUGGGUCAGAUAACUACUUCAAACUGGAACCCCAUGGCAUGACGUCAUAAGUUACGGUCUGAGUCGAAAAAUGGCGCUGUUUAAACGACAAAUUCGAUCCAAACUAAAAGAAAGAAUAUUCGUCACUUCGUUGGUAUAAUUAACAUUUUGUUAACGAGGGAAAGAUCGGCUUAAUCCACGUUUAUAAAAUGUUUCCUGCUUAAAUCGAGCACGUGUUAACAGUGUUGAUAUCGUUGAAUAGCGCAUCCAUUUGUUGUCAUGUCUGCUUGUUGACAAAGUUGACAUGACUAAAAUCACCUUCAUUUGAAGAGUUUCAAAUUGGAACAACUACUAACUGACUUUAAUGUAUAUAUAUAUAUAUAUAUUGAUUUUAUUUCAUAGUUUGGCUUAAAUUUCGUCAUUUUCAUCAAAGUUUUCCUGAUUUGAAUGAUAGUAAUCAUCCGCUGCGUGUAUUAGUUUGUAGAUGUUGAUAUAUAUUGACUGUACGAGUUCGUCCCUAUCAUGAUGAAAAACGAUAUAAGUUGAAGAAUAAAGGAUUAGGGUUCGAUUUGAUCUGUCAUGAUAAAGUACAGAGUUACUAAGUGGAUAUCCCCUG